AUGUUGGGGCAACUGCCAAGCCUGCCGCAGCCCGUGGAGCCGGUCACCUUAUCAAGUGCGAAAGCGUCUGGAGGCAGUGGCCUUCGAGCGCUCUCUGCCGAGGACAAAGCGAGAAUAGGAAAUCUCAUCAAGGUCUUGGCACAAGAACGGAAAGAUAAGGAGGAGCUUCAGCAGAUCUUGGGCCAGCAAGCUUCCAGGAUGCAGGACAUGGAGCAAGAACGUGACCGUUCCAGAAAGAAGGAGGCAGAGCUAAUUGGACGUGUUUCCCGCUCGCUGAACUUGCUCAAAAGCUGCCAGUCACGCUCCGCUGAAGCCGGAGAAGGCCAGACCACGCAGGCGCAGAUUGCCUGCAAGGCCGCAAAGACUUGCCAUCAGGAGAGUGUCGGAAGCGAAAUGGAGACAGAGACAUGCAGACAUUGCAACGCUCUUCAAGAUGCAGAGCCGCGCCGUCUUGAAGAUGCCGGUGUCAGCACUCGACAGCCGGCCAGCACGCGGAUGUUUUCGUUGAAGCCUCCCCAGUUAUCGCUGCUGCAGCGGUAUCUCUCCAUCCAGGAGGUAUCAGCUCUUCAAACACCUGACGCUGCCAGUGGUCCCUUGCCAAAGCGCCAGUGGACGCCUGUCCGGGCGCGGUCCCCUCCCACGCUUCAUGCAGCCGGGCGCGUGGCAGAUGCUGCCGUACAAACUCCGCCUGAUGCCAUGCAGAGGACCAGCCGCUCAGAAAGUACAUCUCCAAGGCAGCUCCAAGGCCCUUCUGUCGAGCUUGUCUCACAACUGCCAGUCAAGGCGCGCGGCAGCGCCAAGUGGAAGCUACAGGCUUCUCAAGAGCGUCUGGAGAAUUUGGAGAAGCCCAUUCCGCGGAGAUGGGGACAUGGAGCACGCCAUGGUGGUCAUGUGGCUGUGUUGCAGACGUUAGCUAGUGGAUACAGACAUUGUCGCAGAUGUCUUAGGCCAACGGCGGCAAUUGCGAGUUGA